UUGUUUAUAUUGCUCUUUUUUUAAUAUAUACUGUUUAAAUUGGGUUCUUAGUGCCAGUUAUUAUAUAGACAAUUAAAUUAAAUAUAUCUGUUCACUGUAUUGCUUGCAUACAUACAUUAUAUUUCCAUUUUAGGGCGCCCCCUAUCUAGUAGAAUCAUUUCCUGAGUGAAGCAUGGAGAGGGUGAUGACAGCUUGUGGAGACAGAGCUGUGGGACUGUACUCCUCUGUACUAAUGCUUAGCAGAGCAUAUCCUCUCUUAUUACAGCUACACUGGACACGGCCAGAGCACUGAGAGAUAUCGGGUAUUGAUGUAACUGGAGUGAAUAAGGGAACCUUCUUCCUGAGCACAGACAUUGGAGCCUGUUAUCAGCAUGAACUCAUAUGCGUUAGACAAUCACUUGAAUAGUUCAUACCCAUCCUUCACUACAGGAAGCAUCAGAAUGAUACCACAAACUCCAAUAGUCUCAGACACUAAUGACUAUUCACAAACAUUGGGGAAAUCACAGCAGAUAUUUAAAGGAGAUGGAGAAUUGUCAGUAACUGGGCAGCAAUCAUUAUGUACAGAGAGUAAUUUAGUCAUCAAACAAGAGGACAACAUUUAUGACUUAUCUAGUGAAAUGAUUAUCCCAGAGGACAAACCACACACAUUUACUGAGUUUUCAAAACAUUUAAAAGAAGGGGAAAGUCUUAAGUCUAGCCAAAUGAUUCAUACAAAUAAGAAACCAUUCAAAUGUACAGAAUGUGAGAAAAGAUUCACAUCCAAUUUGCAUCUCCUUGAACACCACGCAGUUCACACAGUUGUCAAACCUCACACAUGUACAGAAUGUGGGAGAUGUUUCACAACUAAAGGAAGCCUUAAGAGUCACAAAAAGACCCACACAGGAGAGAAGCCUUUCACAUGUACAGAGUGUGGAAAAAGUUUUGCACAAAUGAGUAAUCUGAAAAGUCAUGAAAGGAGUCACACAGGAGUAAAGCCUUUUACAUGUACAGAGUGUGGAAAAGGUUUUACAUAUAUGAGUUAUCUGAAAACUCAUGAAAUGAUUCACACAGGGGAAAAACCUUUCACAUGUACAGAGUGUGGAAAAAGUUUUACACAAAUAAAUAGUCUGAAAACUCAUGAAAGGAUUCACACAGGAGAAAAGCCUUUCACAUGUACAGAGUGUGGAAAAAGUUUUGCACGAAUAAAUAGUCUGAAAACUCAUGAAAGGAGUCACACAGGAGAAAAGCUUUUCACAUGUACAGAGUGUGGAAAAGGUUUUACAUAUAUGAGUAAUCUGAAAACUCAUGAAAGGAGUCACACGGGAGAAAAGCCUUUCACAUGUACAGAGUGUGGAAAAAGUUUUACACAAAUGAAUAAUCUGAGAACUCAUGAAAGGAUUCACACAGUGGAAAAGCCUUUCACAUGUACAGAGUGUGGGAAAUGUUUUACACAUAAGAGAUAUCUGAAAACUCAUGAAAGGAUUCACACAGGGGAAAAGCCUUUCACAUGUACAGAGUGUGGAAAAGGUUUUACACAAAUGAGUAAUCUGAGAGAACAUGAAAGGAGUCACACAGGGGGGAAGCCUUUCACAUGUACAGAGUGUGGGAAAUGUUUUACACAAAAGCGUAAUCUGAGAGAACAUGAAAGGAGUCACAUGGGAAGAAACCUUUCACAUGUUUAGAAAGUGGAAAAAAAGGGUUUUAUAUACUUUAUAUACACAGUGUACAAACCUUUUUACAAUUAUCUUAAAGAGGACAAACUCUCUAAAUAGAAGCAUCAAAAAGGAUCCUAUUGUAAAUAAUACUUUCUAAUCCCAGUUAUAAAACCCCCAGAUUGGAAGUGCUCUCCUGCUGUCCUUUUUUCCUCUAUAUAUGUGCACCUCAGUUUCUCUCAUAUCAAUGUGAUAGAAUCCAAACCCCCACAGGAAUAUACAGAUCUGUCCUCAUACUGACCAGUUUACCCAACGAUUCACCACCAAAGCACCCCCAGUGUUAUUUAUUAAUAUGCUAGUGUUAGGAUUUGUACGUUUGUUUUACAUAGGGGAGGAAAUAAUUAUAUUUACAGAAUAAAGGAGUCUUUAUAUAAAUAGAGUGUUAGAGAAUUAUAUAAACAAGAACAUCAGUCUCAAAUGAUUGACGUCUGGGAGAUAUAUUUAAUGUGCACAUCAUGUGGAUAAACCUUUUCUUAUAGCUAUAGAUGCUUAGCAUUGUACAUGUUAUAUACCAGAGGAAUUACAUAGAAUGUGUCAUUUUAAGACACUUUAAACUUCACUUCUGUUAUCAAAUUUACUUUGUUCUCUUGGUAUUCUUUGCUAAAAAGAAUAUGUACAUAUUCCCAGCAGCAGAAAGUUACUACUGGGAGCUGACUGCUGAUUGGUAGCUACACACAUGACUCUUGCCAUUGGCUCACCAGAUGUGCUCAGCUAGCUCCAAGUAGUACAUUGCUGCUGUAAAUCUGACUUCAACUAUGAGUUUAAUCUCUUUGCAGGAGUUAAAUCAUAGUUAUAUACAAUCAGUGGUACAAUAAUAAACU